AUGGAGAAGAUGCAUUUAUUAAGAGGUACAAUAGAUAUAGCACUUGAUGACAACGUAGUAGGAGAAAAGAAUGAUGAAUCUGUUGGAAGUUUUAGGUUCAAUGAAUUGACUCACGAGUCCGAAGCAAAUUCUGAAGAUUUGGAAAAGAUGGAAAGCACAAUCGCAAUUGAGGAUGACGAGGAUGAUUCAGCAGAGAAAAAUGAAGAAAGGAAAAAAAUUAGUAAAGAAUCUAAUACUUUGUCGGAAAGUUGUUCAACAGCCAAAGAAAAAAUACCAAAAAAAGUUUUCUACACCGAGUUCGACGGAAUUGCUAAAAUAUCUCAAGGGCGGGUGUUACUUGAUCAAUUGAUGAUAUCCAGAAUAAAAGAAAUUGACUGUCAAGAAUGUUCUGAUGAACCCUGUCAGCAAGUUUAA